CCUCCGGCCCCCGGGGAAGCCGCCGCCGCUGCCGCCGCCCCCGGCCGGUCCCUCCUCCCAGCCCCUUUCCCCCGACCGGGUGCCGCCGCCGAGAUUGGGCGAAUAGCGAGCAAAUACGUGCGCGUCUCGCUGCCUCCGCCGGCGCCCCGCUCCCUGCUCGCCGGAGCCCCGCCGCAGCCCCUCGAGCCGGGCGCCCAGUCCCGGCCGCUGCCGAGGCCCCGCCGCUCCUCCGCCCCUUCCCCUCCCGACACAGGCCCGCAGCCCCCCGCGGGAAAGGCCCAGCCCGCCGCCGCCAACGAGCCCCAGCCCCAGCCCGACAUGAACCACCAUCAGCAGCAGCAGCAGCACCAGAAGCCCGGGGAGCAGCAGCUGAGCGAGCCCGAGGACAUGGAGAUGGAAGCUGGAGAUACAGAUGAUCCUCCAAGAAUUACUCAAAAUCCUGUCAUUAAUGGGAAUGUAGCGAUGGCUGAUGGACAUAACAACACUGAAGAAGACAUGGAAGAUGAUACAAGUUGGCGAUCAGAAGCAACAUUUCAGUUUACAGUCGAACGCUUCAACAGAUUGAGCGAGUCAGUUCUCAGUCCUCCCUGCUUUGUACGGAAUUUGCCAUGGAAAAUCAUGGUUAUGCCACGACUCUACCCGGACAGACCACACCAAAAAAGUGUAGGAUUCUUCCUUCAAUGCAAUGCUGAAUCCGAUUCCACGUCAUGGUCCUGUCAUGCACAAGCAGUUCUCAAGAUAAUAAACUACAAGGAUGAUGAAAAAUCAUUCAGUCGUCGUAUUAGUCACUUGUUCUUUCAUAAGGAGAAUGACUGGGGCUUUUCCAACUUCAUGGCCUGGAGUGAAGUUACUGAUCCUGAAAAAGGCUUUAUAGAAGAUGACAAAGUUACUUUUGAAGUCUAUGUUCAAGCAGAUGCUCCACACGGAGUGGCGUGGGAUUCAAAGAAGCACACAGGAUAUGUUGGCUUAAAGAACCAGGGAGCAACUUGUUACAUGAACAGUUUGUUACAGACUUUAUUUUUCACAAAUCAACUACGAAAGGCUGUGUACAUGAUGCCCACAGAAGGAGAUGAUUCAUCCAAAAGUGUUCCUUUAGCAUUGCAAAGAGUGUUUUAUGAGCUGCAACAUAGUGACAAACCAGUUGGAACUAAAAAGUUAACAAAAUCGUUUGGGUGGGAAACUUUAGACAGCUUCAUGCAACAUGAUGUCCAGGAAUUAUGUCGAGUGCUGCUCGAUAAUGUGGAAAAUAAAAUGAAAGGCACGUGUGUAGAAGGCACUAUUCCUAAAUUGUUCAGAGGGAAGAUGGUGUCUUAUAUCCAAUGCAAGCACGUAGACUAUCGAUCUGAACGAAUAGAAGAUUAUUAUGACAUCCAGCUAAGUAUAAAGGGAAAGAAAAAUAUUUUUGAGUCCUUCAUUGACUACGUUGCAGUGGAACAGUUGGAUGGUGAUAACAAAUAUGAUGCAGGAGAACAUGGCUUGCAGGAGGCAGAGAAAGGUGUGAAGUUCCUAACAUUGCCCCCAGUAUUACACCUACAGCUCAUGAGGUUUAUGUAUGAUCCUCAGACUGACCAAAACAUCAAGAUAAAUGAUAGGUUUGAAUUUCCUGAACAGUUGCCACUAGAUGAAUUUUUGCAAAAAACAGAUCCUAAAGAUCCUGCAAAUUACAUCCUCCACGCAGUCCUGGUCCACAGUGGAGAUAACCAUGGUGGACAUUAUGUUGUUUACUUAAAUCCAAAGGGCGAUGGCAAAUGGUGUAAAUUUGACGAUGAUGUUGUAUCAAGAUGCACGAAGGAGGAGGCGAUUGAACACAACUACGGGGGUCACGACGACGACCUGUCAGUGCGGCACUGCACCAACGCCUACAUGCUGGUCUACAUCAGGGAGUCCAAACUCAGUGAAGUUUUGCAGCCUGUCACCGACCAUGAUAUUCCUCAACAACUUGUAGAAAGGCUACAAGAGGAGAAAAGGAUAGAAGCUCAGAAGAGGAAGGAGAGGCAGGAAGCUCACCUCUAUAUGCAAGUGCAGAUAGUGGCAGAGGAUCAGUUCUGUGGUCACCAAGGCAAUGAUAUGUAUGAUGAAGAAAAAGUGAAAUACACUGUUUUCAAAGUAUUAAAAAACUCCACACUCACAGAAUUUGUUCAAAACCUCUCUCAAACGAUGGGAUUUCCCCAGGAUCAAAUCAGAUUAUGGCCAAUGCAAGCAAGAAGUAAUGGAACAAAAAGACCUGCAAUGUUGGAUAAUGAAGCAGAUGGCAAUAAAACGAUGAUUGAACUCAGUGACAAUGAGAAUCCUUGGACAAUAUUUUUGGAAACAGUAGAUCCAGAGAUGGCUGCUACUGGAGCAACAUUACCCAAGUUUGAUAAAGAUCAUGAUGUGAUGUUGUUUCUGAAGAUGUAUGAUCCAAAGACUCGGAGUUUGAAUUAUUGUGGACAUAUCUACACCCCUAUAUCCUGUAAAAUACGUGACUUGCUUCCAGUUAUGUGUGAGAGAGCAGGAUUUCCACAAGAAACUAACCUUAUCCUCUAUGAGGAAGUUAAACCCAAUUUAACAGAAAGGAUUCAAGACUAUGAUGUAUCUCUUGAUAAAGCUCUGGAUGAACUCAUGGAUGGCGACAUCAUAGUGUUUCAGAAGGAUGACCCAGAAAAUGAUAACAGCGAACUACCAACAGCCAAGGAAUACUUCCGAGACCUCUACCAUCGUGUGGAUGUCAUUUUCUGUGAUAAAACCAUCCCCAACGACCCAGGCUUUGUUGUUACUUUAUCCAAUAGGAUGAAUUACUUUCAGGUUGCAAAGACAGUCGCGCAAAGACUUAACACGGAUCCAAUGCUAUUACAGUUUUUCAAGUCCCAAGGUUAUAGGGAUGGCCCUGGUAAUCCUCUUAGACAUAAUUAUGAAGGUACUUUAAGAGAUCUUCUGCAGUUCUUCAAGCCUAGGCAACCGAAAAAACUCUACUAUCAACAGCUCAAAAUGAAAAUAACUGAUUUUGAAAACAGAAGAAGUUUUAAAUGCAUAUGGCUAAAUAGCCAGUUUAGGGAAGAGGAAAUAACAGUAUAUCCAGAUAAGCAUGGGUGUGUGCGGGACCUGUUAGAAGAAUGUAAAAAAGUUGUAGAACUCUCUGAAAAAGGUUCAGGGAAAUUAAGGCUGCUAGAAAUUGUAAGUUACAAAAUAAUUGGUGUCCAUCAGGAAGAUGAGCUGUUAGAGUGUUUGUCACCUGCCACAAGUCGAACGUUUCGAAUAGAGGAAAUUCCUCUGGACCAGGUAGAUAUAGAUAAAGAAAAUGAGAUGCUAAUCACAGUGGCACAUUUCCACAAAGAGGUUUUUGGGACAUUUGGAAUUCCAUUCUUGCUGAGGAUACACCAGGGUGAACACUUCAGAGAGGUUAUGAAGCGGAUUCAGACAAUGCUGGACAUACAAGAAAAAGAAUUUGAAAAGUUUAAAUUUGCCAUUGUAAUGAUGGGCCGACACCAGUAUCUCAAUGAAGAUGAGUAUGAAGUGAACUUGAAAGAUUUUGAGUCCCAACCUGGCAACAUGUCUCAUCCAAGGCCAUGGCUAGGGCUUGACCAUUUCAAUAAAGCCCCAAAGAGAAGUCGCUACACUUACCUUGAAAAAGCUAUUAAAAUCCAUAACUGACUUACUUAACCAGAUUGUCAAGGCAAGGGACAAAAAUAAGUGUGUGUGUGCACCUUUUUAACAACUGUAGAACUUUGGUACACGUGCACUAUAUCUGAAGUCUUCAGCAAGAGGAUUUGCUGCUGAUGUUAAUUUUAUUUUGUUGAGGCUGUUCAGUUUGGCUUCUCUGUAUCUAUUGACUGCCCUUUUUGAGCAAAAUGAAGGUGUUUUUAUAAAAGCUUGGAUGCCAAUGAGAGUUAUUUUAUGGUAAACGUAAUGCAAGGCAAUUGUCAGCAUAAUGAGGGAAGAGUUUAGUAGAACAGUUGACAUUGGCAAAAUUAUUUGUCUGUAGUACGUUUAUAGAUGGCAUAAGCUGACUGGCUGCCCUUCCCAGUGUGGUGUUCACCAUCACUGCAGCUAGUAAGUCUUAUGUUUAGACUCACAUCAGAUUUAUUUCCUUCAGUUAUACUUUAAAUGACAUUUUUGUGCAUUUGUAAAUGCAAAAAAAAAAACAAACUCACAUCAUCAAUAAAUAGCAAUCUCUACUUCAUUGUGUACAUUGUUGGCACUUAUUCGGGAUUUUUGUCUCCUCCAGCUUCAUAGAAUCUUUUUUAAUAAACUAGUUUUCAUUUAAUUUAGUCAAUACUUUGCAUCCCGUUUUGCCAAGUGGAUGCCCUGAGUCCUAAAAAAAAAGAGAUAUUUGGGUCUUUUGAUGAAAUUUUCAAACCAUUGAUAAAUACUGUUGCAAUUUAUUAUGCCAUCUUCUGGCAAAUAGAAUGACACUCAAAAGUUGGCAAAAGCAAGUGAAAAGAUUAUAAAUAUCAUUAAUUUAGUUACCAUGGGAAGAGAUGGGGAAAACACAAGAACUAGCCUUUUAGCACAGAGGGCAUGCUCACUAGUGUUUAGUAAGCUGUUGACUUUGUAUAAAAAAGGAGGAAAAAAAAACAGAAAAAAGAAGAAAAAAAAAAGAAAAAAGAAAUUGUAUAUUUAAUGAAUGAACAUGUACAAUUUAACACUUGGAGGUUAAUUUUAUUGGGUGAGUCUGCAAGUGAAUUUCACUGAUGUUGAUAUUCAUUGUGUGUAGUUUUAUUUCAGUCCCCAGACUGCUUCCUUUUCUUUUGGAGCUAAUGCCAGCCGCGUGUCUAGUUUUGAGUGCAGUAAAGAUAGAAUCAGCAAUUCACACUUAAUUUUACAUUCUUUUCCAGUAUUUUAUUUUGUUUCUGUAGCCGCAGUGUACAACUCCUCUUCCUGUAUAUUGCCUUUUUUUGCUGGAAAAUGUUGUAUGUUGAAUAAAAUUUUCUAUAAAAUUUU